GGUGGAGGCGGUGGAGGCAGUGGAAGCGGCGGCGGAGGAGGAGGUGCUGGUAAUGGUGGUAACAACGGUAGCAACGCGGGUGGAUCUGGCGGCGGUGCUCGGGGCGCAGAGCCGGCUGCCGCUUCCACCGUGUCCGUGGCCGUGGAUAAUGUUGCCGGUCAACCGAGUGGCCCUCAGAUAAUCGAAUGGGAGGAGACCGAUCGUUACUCCUUCGAUGACUCCGACCGCUUCGAAGAGGAUUCUUUGUGCAGUUGGAGCAGCGAACCGGAAUCGCUGUGUAACAAUUGGAGAGGAUGGCGACGACCUACCGCUGGUUUCGGUACCACCAAGAAGUCAGAAGAUGGACAAGCGGUUCCAACACUGUGCGAACUUGCGGCGCGAUGCGUCGCCUCUCAUAUCCCGUUCGAGCUGGUGGAACACGUUUAUCCACCGGUUCCGGAGCAGCUGCAGCUCAGGAUAGCGUUCUGGAGUUUCCCGGACAACGAGGAGGACAUCAGGCUCUACUCCUGUCUGGCGAACGGAAGCGCCGACGAAUUCCAGCGUGGCGAACACUUCUUCCGGUCGAGGAGCGUGAAAGAUCCUCUACAAAUCGGUUUCCACUUGAGCGCCACAGUGAACUCGCAGGGGGUGAUGAACGGCGUCAGGUCGCAGUUCAAUGUGGCUGUGACGUUCGACCGACGGAAAAUCACAUCAUGCAACUGUACUUGUUCUUCUAAGGCCUAUUGGUGCGCUCAUGUGGUCGCUGUUUGCCUUCACAGAAUACACAUGCCAACGCAGGUGUGCCUGAGAGCUCCAGUUAGCGAAUCCUUGUCACGUUUACACCGGGAACAACUGCAGAAGUUCGCGCAAUAUCUCAUCAGCGAGCUACCACAGCAGAUUUUGCCCACUGCCCAACGACUGUUGGACGAGCUGUUGUCGGUUCAGCCGAGUACCAUCAACAGUUAUUGUGGCGCCCCGGAUCCCACGGCUGGCGCCUCGGCCCACGAUCAAACAUCUUGGUACCUCGAUGAGAAGACACUGCACGAUAACAUCAAAAAGAUCCUCAUUAAAUUCUGCGUGCCCGCGCCGAUCGUCUUUAGUGAUGUUAAUUACCUGAGCACCACUGCGCCUCCUGCAGCUGCCGAGUGGUCCUCGUUGCUGCGACCGUUGCGUGGCCGUGAACCGGAAGGCAUGUGGAAUUUGCUGUCGAUCGUUCGCGAGAUGUUCAAGAGGACUGAUCGCAACGCCAUACCGUUGUUGGAGAUCAUCACGGAGGAGUGUAUGGCCUGCGAGCAGAUCCUCGUCUGGUGGUUCAACACAAAGGUAGCUUUGUUGAACGGAACCGGAUAUGGCGGUAAGCACAACAUGAACAGCAACGUGCACGCCUCGCAGCACGCUUGUUCCUCCCUCUGCGACGAGAUUGUCGUUCUAUGGCGGCUGGCUGCCUUGAAUCCUGGAUUAUCGCCUGCCGAACGAGAUAUGCUUCAUGGUCAGUUUACUGCUUGGCACAUGAAGAUCAUCGACAAGGUGACGAAAAGUCGGGGCAGUUCGGUGACGCACAAUUCACACAACAGAAAUAAUGGCGGUGGUCACAAGGAUUCAUUGAAGAAUGACCUGGCCGUCUUCACCGGCUUUAAAUCGGCCCUCGAGGCGUGCUAUCUGGAUUGGGAGGAAUAUAUCUUGCCUGGUAUCACUUACACCGCCGGAAGCAAUCCCAUGUAUCAUUGUCCGUUCACCUGCUUUCGGCAUGCCGGCGAUACCAGGACCGAGGUGAACCAGGUGAAUUCAAGUGCAGCCGUGUUAAAUUGUCAGCCACCCGUUUCCCAUCACCACGGUCGACGACCAUUGAGUUUAGGCCUGGUAGAGUUCAGUUAUAUGGACAGAAGACGAUUGAACUCGCGGGAGUGUUCGGGAUUAUGCUCGCGAAGCGGUGGCGGCGAUGGGAACCGAAGUAGCGUUAGCUCAGAAGGUUUCUGCGAGAAUGAGACCGAUAUGCCCGAUAUUUCCGAGCCUCAAGUAGUUCUCGUUAGAAGAUCUUGCGCUCAAUUAAAUAAUUGCGGGGAUACAGACUCGCAGGAAGGUGGCGGCAGCGAGUCGUCCUCGAAUAGUAAUGUCAGUCUGAAGAACGCUCAAGACUCGGACAAGCACCGCUCAAACGCCUCGUCCGAGACCCAUAGUGAUAGUAGUGAUAGUAGUAAUAACAAAGCUGCCUGCGACGCGAAAUACAGCAGGACGAAUCUCGACUAUCGUGAGAAAUCGCGAACGGUAUUGCCUAAAGGGAACAGUUCCAAGAGCGAGCAAGAAUCCGACCAGGAGAAGGAUCCAUCCAGAAGGCCAUCCAAGGACGAGAGUUCUUCCUCGAGUAGCGAUAGCCCGUCUGGUGACGAAUAUCACGUUUAUUAUUAUGAUCCUAAAGCUGUUGUGAAUGCGAACGGCGCUUCGAGCAAGGACUCCAAGAACGAAUCGCAAUCGACGUCCACUGCGAACGCGAGCACGGUGUUGGGCAAUCUGAUGAAAACAGAAGACCCAUGGGACAUCCUGUUCGCCAGGGCAGAGGGGCUCUAUGCUCAUGGCCACACGAGGGAAGCUUGUAUCCUGGGCGUUCAACUCGGCGAGGAAUUGUUGGCCAAUCCCCCUAACCUUAUGAUCGACGAACCCCCGGCGCCGGUGAAAGGGAAAAAGAAGAAGCAACAAGUGAACCCGGCGUCCCAUCAGCUCACGUGCCUUGCAUCCGCCACCUUGGCCAAAUGUUGCUUCCUGUGUACGGUCCUCGCGGAGAAUUCAGAGUACUAUAACCUGGCGUUCAGGGUUGGCUUGUUCGGAUUGGAGAUGGCUAGACCACCAGCCAACACGAAACCUUUGGAGGUUAAAUUGGCUCACCAGGAGAGCGAGUUGGUCGGAUUAUUAAAGAAAAUUCCACUCGGACCGGCCGAACUGGCGAUGGUUCGCCAAAGAGCGGAGCAGUUGAGAGAUGGAGUACUAAGAUCCAGAGGUCACGCACUGCUCCCGAUCAUGUUGGCCAGCUUCGUUUUCGACGCCCUUAACAUGUCAAGACUAAAACACCUGUCCUCAGACGUUGACGAGGACCUUGGGUUCGAUGCGGCUGUCGCUGCUUUGGGCCUGAAGGCAAACGUGAGUGAAGCUGAUCAUCCUCUCCUUUGCGAAGGAACUAGACGUCAGAGGGGAGAUUUGGCCAUUACGUUGCUUGUCCAUUAUAAAGAUGAUCCUAUAAAGGUAGCAAGGAUCAUGGACAAAUUGUUGGAUCGAGACGUUCAUCAAUUGAUCAAGUCGCCAAUUCUUAGCAGCUACUACACCUCUAACCCUCCAACUAAGAGCGAGAUAACAAGAUACCUUCAUGACGAAGAGUGUUCUUCCCCCCUUGCUGGUACAGAUGCUGGAAAUGGCGAUAGUGUCGUUGGUACGAGCAGCAGACCGCAUAGCAGUACCAGUGCAGAAUUGGAAAGUGGCAUGAAUGCACUCUCCGUUCAAACGCAGAUAGUUCAACAACCUGUGCCUACUAGAACUAAAGAAACAAGAUACAAGAGCAAGAGGGUAUACCCAUCAAUUCCCAAUCAACCAUCAGAAGCGGGCGCGCAUUUCAUGUGCGAGCUGGCAAAGACUGUUCUUACAAAGGCUGGAGGCAACAGUUCUACUUCUUUGUUUACGCAAGCGUCCACCAGUCAGAAUCAUCACGGGCCACACAAAGCUCUGCACAUGUGUGCUUUUCAACUUGGCCUCUACGCUCUUGGGCUUCAUAAUUGCGUCACUCCCAAUUGGCUUAGUCGCACCUAUUCGAGUCACGUGUCUUGGAUCACUGGCCAAGCGAUGGAGAUAGGAGCAUCAGCGAUUUCGUUCCUCAUCGAAAGUUGGGAGGGACACUUGACGCCACCCGAGGCUGUUGGCAUAGCCGACAAAUCGUCCAGAGGGAGCGACCCUGUCAUGGUUCGGUCAGCAGCAGAACUCGCUUUGUCUUGUCUACCGCACGCCCAUGCACUUAAUCCCAACGAAGUACAGAGAGCCAUUUUGCAGUGCAAAGAACAGAGCGAUUCGAUGUUGGAGAAGGCUUGCAUCACAGUGGAGAACACUGCGAAAGGAGGCGGCGUUUACCCAGAAGUAUUGUUUCAAGUUGCCAAGUAUUGGUACGAGCUGUAUCUCAGGCACACCCCUGGUGGAGAACAACAAGACGAUACGCCACACGAUCCUCUACAACUGGAUCUCAAUGGAGUACUUCUGGUGGAACCUGGUCCUCCAGUGGAUAUGUCUAACGGGCAAAUGAUGCCUGGGCCAGCUCAAGCAGUUGUUGUGACUAGUACACAACCUCCUCCUCAACCAUAUCCUACGCAUCCAACUAUAACUACGCUAGCUCCUCUAGGAGUUGGUAUGCCGUAUGCAGUUAGUCCUUACAGUUUCGUGCAUCCUCACCAUUCGAUUCCAACUUUUGCUGGACCAAUGCCGUCGCAUAGGGUAACUCUGCCACCAGCACCACCGCACAUGCAAAUGUAUCAUGCGGCAUUCCCGCCUCAUCCGGGUCAUCCACAGCAUCCGCAACAUCCGCAGCAUCCACAACAUCCGCAACAUCCACAGCAUCCACAACAUCCCCAUCAUCCACCACAACCUACACAGCCGCCAUCGCUGCCGCAAUAUUACACACCGCAACCACCACCGCCACCGGGAACUCAUCAUUUGUUCACCAUGCAACAGCCUAUGCCAGUCAAUGUUCAAGCUGGAGUGGCAGGACCUAUUCCUGGUCAGAACAACAUGCCUGGAUCUGCUCUCGUUCAGGCACAGCCCAUAAUAUCCACUGUAAGAACACAGCCUCAGGUUCACAGGCAAACACAACCCUUUAGCCAGCAGCAGCUCCGUGCUCUGGUCGCUGCGUACCGCGUAGGGAUGUUGGCAUUGGAAACUUUGGCUCGUCGCGUGCACGACGACAGACCUCAAGCGAAGUACGCGCGGAAUCCACCUUACGGGGAAGACGUGAAAUGGCUGUUGAGAGUGUCGAAGCGUCUCGGUACGCAGUACCUCCACCAGCUUUGCAUCUGUACAGUGAACAGUAUCGUUAGUCCAUUUAUCCUUCACGACGUUGCAUUGGAAGCGGCGCUCUAUCUGGCUAGAAACAACCGGGCUCUUGUACUUCAACACUUGAGAUCUGCUCUCUUGGCACCUCUCGUCCACAAGUGUCAACAAAUGUAUAUUCAGUGUAUGCAUCAGAAACUAUAUCAUUUGACAACCGGUGAAUACGAAGACUUCGUAAACGUAGUGUGCGCCGCCAGAGCAGCGUUUCACAUCACUCCGGAGGGCCACGUUCAAUUCAAGGAACGACUUCAGUCCAUUAAAAGAUCUCAAUCCUGUACCAAAGAACUGUGGGCACAAAUCAACGCGGCGCUACAGCAGAACAGCAAAUGACACAGAGCGGAGCCAGGCGUGACGUGGCUCACUUCCCUUCCUCAUCCUCCACCGCCUCCGCCGCCUCCUCCACCGACGACGACGACAACCCUCGUGCUUCAGCACCAGCAUCCCUGUCAUCCUCAUCCACAGAGCGUCGUAUGCGUUCACGGGCUGGCUACCCUCGACAAGCUAGAACAGGAUCUCCAUAACGUGCACCGUCGGCGUACGACCGUCACGUCGACAGUGGCAUCGAUCUCGAACGACCAUCGGACCAUCAGAGCUAGGGACGGCCGAUAAUCGCUUUCUAUCUUCGCCAAUUUCGCGCAAGGAAAGCUGGAUCGAUCCCACUGAACGGGAAUACACAUAGAUAUAUAAUAACUUUCUAACUUUAGUUAAUGUGUGUGUCUGAUAGAGAUUUGAACGAGAAGGACGCGAGAGAGAGAGAGAGAGAGAGAGAGAGAGAGAGAGAGAGAGAGAGAAAGAUAAAGAAGAAAAAAAGAAUAGAGAGAAAGAGCGUACGCGCGAGAAGAAGUAUGACGACUUUUAAUUAAAAGGAGCGAAGUACAAGUGUGAAUGCUUGGAAAGAGUGAGAAAAGUACGACGUCAAGUCUUUUAUUUUGCAGUUGAACGAUUUCGAACGUCACCGACCGUUUCCUGGAAGAUCGAGGAACGUAAAUGACGAUGUAUAACGUAGUAACGCAUUGAAGAUGCGUUCGUGUCUCGUGUAUCGAUCGUUAAUGGCACCGUUUCUUUCUCCUUGUGCAUUUCCAAAAGAAUAGAGUUGAGAAAAUGGUAAAAAAGAAAAAAAAAAAAAAGAAAGAGGAAAUAAAAUGGUUAAGAUGAAAGGUGAAUACAUGGGAAAGGAAAAAGGGGGAUGAAAGAAAGAUCGAACGAAACGUGAAAGCACGAUCGAUAAUAAGUCGCAAAUUUACAGGUGUCCGCGAACAAUCGUCGAUAGGAAUUCUUGGAGAAUCGUUUGUUCGACACGUCUUUCUCUUUUACACUUUAGUUAAGACUCAAUGAGCGUCUUUAGCCUCGAUUAGAUAGGAAAUUUUAUUUUUCAUUCAUAGAUAGGAUGAAUUGUCCCGCGUUUCAUUUUAUUUUUGUAAACGAUGUAAUAAGCAAAUUUUUAAAAGUAUCGAUAAACGCACGUCUAUUUAUAUAAAUGGAAAAAAAAAAAAAAUGAUGAACGAAGAUCUGAUUCGUUAUAUAAUACAUAAGGGAACGACAGACUUUACUUAAAUCGUAGGAAAAAGAAGAAGAAGAAGAAAAAGAAGAAGAAGAAAGAAAAAAAGAGAUCGUCAAUGAAAGAAAUUUUUUAUACAGAAGUGAAGAUAAUUUUUACUUUUCCUAGUAACGGCGAUCGACCUCGUCCACCAUUACUCUACCACCAUCACCGCAACAUCGAUCCUUUUCAUUUACUUGUUUUUUUUUUUUUUCUUCCCUUAUAAUUUACUUUGCUAAUCUAUUAUAUUUUAGUUUCUCUUAUCCGAAUUUUCUUUUAUCUUCUAUUCUAUUUUUUUCUUUCUUUCUUUUUUGUAAAUUAUAUUGUAGGCAUAUAACUAUACACGUUCGCAAGUAUAUUGUUUUUUUUUUUUUUUUUUUCUUUCUUUUUGUCGUUGGUGACAAUCUCCAUGAACGAAAACAUGAUCUCUGUAAUUUUUAAAUUAAACUAAUUUGAAGUAUGAAUAAAGCAAAAUUAUAGCUGACAUCGUUGACUCGAACUUGACGCCACCUUUCCACAUUUGCGCCUCGUUUGUGCAAAGAGAAUGAAGUGUACAUUUGCUUCUGUUUCUGUCGUUUUUCGCGCAUUCAGUUACAUCCCCAAGUAAACGCAGCUUCUACUCAUCCCGAUAUCCCAUCAUCUAUCACUGAUUGAUGUCUGAACGUUAGAAAUGAGAAGUAACACACAUUCCUCGAUUGAAAUAAUUUCUCAAAGUAAUUCUCAGAGUUUACGUGCAGUCGAAAUUGAAAUAGUCUCUGAAAAAAGCAAACAAAAAACAAAAAAAAAACACACACACAAAAAAAAAAGCUUGAAAUCUCAGAAUUUUCGACACACUUUCUCACCGAGAUCGUCUCGUUCGUCUUGUAUCACGUGCUUUCCACUCACGAAGAGAAAGAGAGGACGUAAAAAGAAGAAAUUUCAGAAGUAUUGUUCAGAGGAGAAUCGGUCAUGUGUGAUUUUUUUUCUAAUUUUGAAGAACGAGUGACGUCGGCUUUUGCGUAUUAACUGACGCCUCUUCUUUCUUUAAUAGUGCCGAGCGACUGAUUCAUAGAUAGUAAGAGAGAAGGAAGAAGUGAGAAACAUGAAAAAAACUGUCAACGCGUUGGUUCGACACGCUCGCCCCGUUCGAGGUAGGAAGCUGAAGAGAACAACAGUAAUUGGGCACUGCCACUAAUAUGAAUAACACCGCAACGGUGGUCACGGAAAGAGCAAUAUUUCAUUAAAUCAUGUUCUAGUGCAAUACCGCGAGAGUAUUACGAUUAAUAGUACUGUUUCAUGUUUUUCUACAGAGUUAAGGCUCCGAGAGGACCACUUUAUAAAUAUUCGUUGCUAAUCACCACUUUCUUAAAGCGAACGAGAGACAAAGUGUUUUACAAAAGAUUUCUGCGAGAUAGAGAAAAAUUAUCAAAUUUCCUAUUUCUUCGUCUCUGAUCGACUGUAAUAAUUCUCUCUGUUAACGCGUCGCGUAAUCGUGAAAAAAAAAAAAAAAAAGAAAAUACAAGAUAAAUUUCGUCGAGGUGUGUUCCCUCAACGUAUUUUUCGAUUUUCGAUGAAAUCACUUUGAAUAACUUUUUGAAUAACUAACGAGCCUUAACUCUCGUAAAUUCCAUCCAAUUUCGAACCGCAAAUGUUGUACAAAUAAUUCGUGUCACAUUUAUAGGUAUGAAUUUACUUAAGAUAAAAAAGCGUUUCGCUCGUCAUCCUUCGAUAUACGCGGCGGUCUCAAUGCAAAUUUCCGUCAUUUAACGAUUACAUAUAUCUAUAUAUGAAUCUUUGAAGUGGAACGAAUUGCCGCCAAAAAAAAAAAAAAGCAAAUCCAUCAAACUGUAUCAGUGGAACGUUACUUCGCUCAAUUUUUCCGAGAUCAAAUGUUUAGCGAACCACCGUUCGAAACAAUAUUUCAUCGCGUUCGAUCGUGGAUUCGAGGGAUCCGUUCGAUUCGACGUUUCAUUCGCCACACCGUAGUUUCGAAGGCAAGAAGAAAUUGUACAGAACGCGUUAUUUUCUAUGCUUCGAGUAUCCUGCUCUUCGUUCCCUGCCGAACGAUCGAACGAUCCCUCGAUUACAAAAUUUACGAACGUGAAAUGUGAUCGUGACGAGGGUGACGAGACGCGCGUGUAUAUUUCAUCUACCGCCCUGUAUGUACAUAAUACGAAUACACGACUGCACUAACAACGUGAUCCAACAAACGUGGUAAAAAUCGAUCCAUGAAGCGUGGUAGCGUUUUGCUCUAGGCUCACUUCUGCGUGUGCGCGUAUUACGGUAUCGAUCAACAUAGCGCGGAACUUAUCCAAAUAGGCGUAAAGGAAAAAAUACUUCACUAGCCUACUUAGCGUUUAGAGAAGCGAUUCUAGCGAUUAACAAUCCCAUUUUUUCACGCAGACGGGGAACGCGAGACGUUGACCAGCCCUUCCGAUCGCGAGAGAAAACGGAGGAAAGAGAUUCCAAACUUGAACGUAGAACCGCUAGAUUCCCUUUGCUCCCCUCCACUGGAGCGCGACGUUUUUUCGAGCGAAACUUAGAUUAGGACAAGCCAAAAUCUACGCGAUACUGUUCGAGAACGGUUCGUGAGAAUAUUUCAAAUAUGCGCUACACCCUCGACGAUCGUAGGCCGAUUUUAAUCGCUAAACUCGAAUACCUUAGUAUAACGAGUAGGUUCCAUUCGAUCCAUUGUAUAAGUACAUGUCGAUACUUUUCUUUUCUUUUUUUUUUUUUUUUUUUUUUUUUUUUUUUUCUCUUUUUCUCCAUUGCAUCGAUCCACUCGUGCGAAUUUUUACGUCUCGUUACCUUGCGCUUCGGAGAUACCAGAAUAGAAGAAACAUUCGCGAGAUAGUUGGGGGUUAGCUCACUUUGGCGUCCCGUGUUCAGCAGAUGUUCUUUGGUUCACCGAACUAUUGCAAGUCGAGCUCGUGUUAAUUAUCAAAAUUCGCGUUCACGACGAAUGAAUAUCAAUAAAUCACGAUCUCUGUUACAAUGUCAAAAGGAAAGAAGAGAAAAGAAUCAAUUUUCUCUCCCCCCCCCCCCCGCUGUCGUCGUUUCGUAUUUAUCUAGAAAGAGAUCUAUAGGUGUUCUUGGAACAUUUCCUGAACAUUAUUUAUUCUACACUGUAUUCAGUUUUAGACGAAGAGCCGAGAAAAAAAAAAAAAAAAGAAGAGAUGCAGAAGAAGAAAAAAAAAUAUAUUGGUGAGGCGAUAAAGUAUCUAUUUUUGCACUUGACUGAAAAAAACGCUGAAGAAAAUUGCGAAGAAAAGAUAGAUGAAGAAGAAUAUGAAAAAAAAAAAAAAAAUGAUAAGUUUCCUCUUGAUUCAAAGUAUUUAGUCGUUCGAUAGAAAUUAAAAAUUCUCCGUGACCCGAUCUUCUACGAACAAAAGGUACAUAUAUUUAUACGUAGAGAUAAUAAUAAUUAAAUUAAAAAAAAAGAAAAAAGAAAGAAAGAAAGAAGGAAAGACGAGAGAAGAAACAAAGGAAGGAGAAUAUAGAAACGCAAGAAGCGAAUAGAGGAAAGAAGGGAUGGGAAAAAGAAACUCAGUGUCUGUAAAUAAUCGCAGAUCGUUCUUUCUCGCGCGCGGACAAAUUCGAAGGGACAUUUUUUUAUAUCGCUAAUCGCGCAGAUAAUUACCGAAUAAUCGCUGUAGAUGAACGCCACCGGCAUCGAUUACCGAUCGAGGUCGCAGCGUGACUUUAGAAUUUUUGUCUAGCUGUUAUUGCAAUCCCGAGUUGCACUGUAAGCUUCGUAGAGAAAAGGAAACGCGAAGUCCGACGCGCGACGUCUUGUAAUUUACGUAUUAAGUGAAACAGAUCGAUUUCGCGCGAGAGAGAGAGAGAGAAAGAGAGAGAGAGCGAGAGAGAGAGAGAGAGAGAGAAAGAGACAAAGAAAAAAGAAAGAAGAAGAAGAAGAGAAAGAAGAAGUAUCUCUCUGAUCUUGUGCAGAUGAUCGAUCGAUCGAAUCGACAGUUAUAAGAUUGUACAUAUACGUUUACGGCCGCACUACACUAAUUAUAGGUAUAAUAUAACGACGAGUUACUUAAAAACGCGUAUGCAGAAGAGGAAGUUAGUCAAAGGUUAAGCAAACCUCGGAGAUAAGACUCGCCGCGAGUGAGUUUCUAUCUUUGAGAUCGUCUGUCGAACGAGGUGAAAAAUAGAGGGUACAGGUGAGAGGGAAAAAAGCAAAAUGAAAUAUAACGAAACGAACGAACGUUGUUGGAAUAUUUUUCAUCUCUUUCGAAUGAUCGAUAACAGAGGGAAGAACGUGCACGCUGAACUUUCGAUGAACUUUUGCGGGUUGAGUUCGUUACAUUGUAAAUUGCGAGCGAGGAAGCGAGAACGAACGAGGGGCUUUUCGGAUGUUUCAGUAAGCAAGUUUAGGCUCGCGAGCAAUAGGUUAUGCGAUUCUGUGUUCAAUCGAAGGGGGUGGGGGGAGGGGGGGGGGAAUAUUCGAAGUUAGGACAUUAUCUCGACAGGUUCUUGUGAAUGCAAUCGUUUGGAGGCGCGUAGACAUUUGGAAAGAAGAAGAAGA